GCCACGUGAUCUAAACGGAUGAUGGCGGGCGCCGCGGAAGACAUGCGAUUGCUCUUCGGAGCUGGCGUCCGCGCUGCGCUGGAGGCUUGGCCUGCUUUACAGAUCGCUGUGGAGAAUGGCUUCGGGGGCGUGCACAGCCAGGAGAAGGCCGAGUGGCUGGGGGGUGCAGUGGAGGAUUACUUCAUCGCCAAUGCUGACAUGGAGCUGGAAGAGAUAGAAGAUUUUCUUGGGGAGCUGAUGACCACUGAGUUUGAUACCGUUGUGGAAGAUGGGAGUCUGCCCCAGGUGAGCCAGCAACUACAGACCAUGUUCCACCACUUCCAGAAGGGUGAUGGGGCUGCUCUUCAGGAGAUGACCUCUCACAUCAACCAAAAAAAGUGCAAAGUCACAGCUACCCCACUUAAGACCGCCAAAGAAACUGAUGUGGCAGAAGAUGAUGUGGACAGCGUGGAAGAAAUGGAGGUGACAGCUACUAAUGAUGGGGCCACAACGGAUGGGGUCUGCCCCCAGCCUCAACCUUCUGAUCCAGACUCCCAGACUAUUAAGGAAGAAGAUAUAGUUGAAGAUGGCUGGACCAUUGUCCGGAGAAAGAAAUGAGCAGGGCAGUACAUGUUUUGGGCCCUUGUUUGUUGGGUGUUAUGAGAGACUUAUAGGAGCUGUUUUUGGGGGACUAUACACCUCUGUUCUGGAAACCGUAUCCCUUCUUUGUUCCCAUCCUUCCCUUCAGGGGAAGAAAAGCCCUAAAGUCCUUGGUUGUGGGGUUGAUGAGACCUAUUCCAGCCCCUUGAAUCUUAAGGUACCAUAUGAGAGAUGAGACCAGGUUUCCCAGCAUAGUACCUCCUAGGUGCAGUGAAUUGGAAGAUGGGUGAUAGGUAUGGAUGUGGUUGUAGAAGCCAGGCUUGUGGAAAGUAGGCAGGUACAUUUAUGGAAAGGACCGGAAUUCCACAGUGGGAGGCUGGCUGGCUUGGCAAUUGUGAGAAAAGCAUACAGCUGGAAGAGAGAUGUAGAAGUCUCUACAUUCCCCAAUGUCCCCACCCUAGCCUCCCACAGAGCAUUCCUCAACCGACCAGAAUUUGCAUCCUCCUGGGAAUUCUCCCCCUUGAAUACCCUUGAGAGUUUGAAGGACUUAACUAAAAGUGGUGAACUUGGGAAAGUUGGGCUGUUUUAAGUCCAGGGAUGAGGCUUUAAGAUCUUAAUAACAUAACACUUUCUUGUUUAAUUCAUGAUUUAACCUUGGAAUCAGCUUUCUGAGAGCUGAGCUUCAAAAUUCAUCAAGAGAGUAGUUUCUGCACCCUCCCAUCUCCCUUAGUAGCCUGGGACUUCGGACAAACGGACGGACCAUAGCAGUGCUCUGAAAGUUACUGUACGCCUGAAAUAAACUGUAUUUUUCUUUAAAAAACAGUAUCCAUUGUCCUCCCCUCCCGCCCCCCAUUCCCGUCCUGCCCAGUGGCCCUGCCAUGGAUCUGGACGAUAAAAUACUGGAUUGCUUUGGGGCUAGGUAGAAGCUAUAAGCCAUGGGAAAGGCAAGAAGGGUCUAGUCACCACCCCAUGUAAAGUCAUACAUGUGAAGACACUGGCUGAGGAGGAAAGGGUGGAUUGGGGUCCCAGGGUCAGUAGCAGAGCUGGCACUUGAAUCCAGGUCUCCUGCCUCUGGUACUUUUGUGGGGAACUAGAUGAAAGUAGGAUCUGUGGGAUACUGGGAGGAAACAGACUAAUUCAAGUGAGUCUAGCAAUUAGCUCCUGCCCUCCCUGGGGACAGGGAUUUAAAAAAUUAACAUCAAUGUAGGAAUAGUUUGUCUUUCUUUUUUAAAAAGCCCACAUUUUGUGAAAAGAUGAAUUAAAAAACCCAAGACCCAGCAUUCGGGAUUGAAAGUGCCCUUGAUGGGAAUUCAAGUAUUGACUGCAUUGGGAGUGGGCUAGAGCCCCCAAUUGAACAUGGGCAGCUGGAGUGUGGGGCAGGAACUCCCAGUUCCCCCCCAAACCCUCUAGGUCUUGUCUCGGGUCUGGGAGGCUUCAGGAGGUUCAGCAGUGGCUCCUGAAGCUGCCACUGGUGUCUCCUCCAUCUCCUUGUCCUCAGACAGUGUGGGCCCUGGGCAGAAUGUGUCCCCACGGCCCGCCCUGCCAAGCACAGCCAUCCAGCGCCGCUGGAGUUCUUCUGUCUCUGGGCUGAAGUACCAGCUUAGGUGGCUCUGGGUGAUCUUGAAGACAUGCCUCCUGUCUGGCCGCUCCCCUGCCUCAGGAGGCCCCACCUCAAAGCCAAUGAGGGGCAGGCUGCGUUGGGCUUUCACAUCCUGGAGAGGAAGGACAGAGAGCUAGUGUCACUUAGGGCCAGACAGUAUCCUCUGCCCAGUGAAACAACUUUGCACUGUUCUGCUGUUUCCCUCUGUGAAAAACACUGCCUUCACUGUAAUGAACGUAAAGAUGUCUGAACUGGAACUAGAAGGCAGGCUGGUUACAUGUCUAUCUCCUCCCAUGCCCAAAUCAACUGCUAAUCUUUACUAUUACAGAUGCAGUUCUUUCGCUAGUUCCUCUAUCUGCCUAUUCCGUUCUAGUGCCACACCUAGAGGAGGCUCCUGUCUCUGCUCCUCUUUUCUCCAGAAAGCCAGACUUCCCACCUCACCCUCAUUUUCCCCGUAUCUUGGCCUCCAAACACUUCUACCUACCUGCUCUGUCACGUAAGGAUAGGGGUUAUUUUUCCCUUUGCUAGGCUCACCCUGUCCCUGCAGGACAAGGCAUACAGGAGAAGGGCAGCCCAGCUUUGUCAGAUAGCUGGAAAAACCUGAAGGAGUAGGAUGCACACCUAUGAGGGCUCCAUAGAUGUACAACACCAGGGUUCAUUCUAGGAACCACAAACCAUGUGGCCCAUCCUUUUCCCACCCUUCUCCACAUAUAGUUUGGAGGCUGCAGAUGGCCUUUAUUCUCUCAGCCACUGGGGCCUGUUUCUGUGAUCAGAGGGCACAGGACAGGGUACAUCAAUGUUGAUGGAAAGCUUUGCUCUUGAGCCCAAACAGCCCCAUAGUUAUGGACUAUGUCUCCAGACAGAGGUAGCAAAACCGUUAAGUCAUAGCUAAAUGAUUUGGCCUUUGUCACUGAGAUAAGCAGAGUGAGGCUUAGCUGCUGACUCUAACAACAAUAAGGGGUAUGCAGAUUUCAGUGGGGACAGUGAAAUAAAUGCUGGCCAAAUACUCUUCAAACCAAGGGACAUUCACAGCUAACUCUUUUUCUUUCAUUAUAUACUUACUGCCUACUCUGAAAAGUCCUUCUAAUGAGAUUAAUGGGAUGGUGCCUAACACCAUCUGUCUUAGAGUCCUAAUAGAUGAAAAUACAGGACUUCUGAGAAGAGCACAGAGGGUGUUUAUGGGAUUGAAAUUAGCAUAAACAAGGCAUUUAAAAUAGUUAUGGUACAGAGAGCUCCCUUACAUUUUGGGAUACCUUGAUUUUACUUAAAAAAAAACCAAUCUGCCCACAUAUGUGUAUAUUCAUGGUCCUAAAAGAUAGGAUCAGUAUUAACAGUCGCAACUUCUGGGUAAAGCACUAUGUCUUAUUUUGUGUUCUUAUCCUAUUUCACAAUUUAAAAAUGUACUUAGUUAAUUUUUUAAAAAUCCUAUAGGCUACCCUAUGUUAUGCAGUGAGAUUCUGUCUGAAAUAAAACGAUACCUAGAAGCAUUUUUCUGGUUGUACAACUUAGCCAAAUACACUCUCUGCGUUUCAGUUUCCUCAUAUGUAAAUGAAGGAUACGGGUAUCGGUUGUUCAGUUACUGUAAGAGUUAAGUGUUUAACAUUCUUUAAUAAAAAUCCUUUUAACCCUUA